GCGGCCGUGGAUGUCGACGUCGCGAACUCGCUUGUGAGCGAGUUAAGGGAACUCCACGAGGACCGGUUGCGGGAAUUGUGGGUGCCCAGCGGGGUGCUCGUCGAGACAGAGGACGCGACGGAGGAGGCCCCCGGCAGAGUUUCCUUGGAAGCCCUUCGGGAACGUUGGGGCCGCCACUGCGUUUGCAUGGAAUCAGAUGGCGCAAUCACCCCGACUUGCUUUUAUUCUUGCAAGACGGGCCACUGCCCGCACAAGUACAGCGUGGAGAACGUCGCCGGUAUCAAGGAUUGGGUGGGGACCCCGGCAGGGGGCGCCAAGGUGGGCGCCGCGGAGCUUCGCCGACGGGAGAAGGAGAGGAGAAAACUUGACAAAGCCAGGGCCCGCGUUCGAGCGGCGGAGAUGUUGGCGAAUUCUGCGCGCUUGGACCCCGACGAGGGGGCCGCCGAGCCGGGGGGCGCUGCCGGGAGUUCCGCUCGCCUGGCCGCCAAGGCUCCAGUCCGAGCAAUGGCUUCCGCCCAGGGCGUGUCCAAGCUUGGCGGCGCUGCCCCGAGCGGCGUCGCCCAGGGGGUUGCCAAGCCGGGAGGUGCUGCCGGGAGUGCCGUUGGCCUGGCCGCCAAGUCCUCUGCCCGAGCGAGAGGCUCCGCCAAGGGCGUUGCGAAGUCCGGGGGCGCCG